CCGUCCUGGGAUUUCUCGGGCCGCUGUCGUUGCUUCGAUCUGCUGAUCUCGCCACUUGCUUCCAACAGAUCAUCGAACGUUUCUCGCCCACUAGCACCAUAUGGCCUCCGCAUCCAUCAUCAGCGCCGAGGCCAGCGCACCCUCCCUGAUCGUCAAGUUUGGGCUUGAGCUCGUUGGCUUGAGCAACAGCAGCUGCCUCAACUUCUCAGACUCGGUCUCGCCAUGGCCCAAUGCCGCUGUCGCCUCGUCUCCACACUCGUUCGUCUCUCACCUCAAUGCCUAUUCGGCUCCGACAAACCACUGCCUGCCACUGUUCGACGAGCCUGGAGGGAACUGGUUUGGUCUCUACUCCGCCAACCAGACGACCAUCGUCUUCUCAACAUGCCCGGACCCGACGUGCUCGACCAACUGCACGGUGCAGGAUGUUGUGUGGAUCAACAACGACCACACCUUUUGUGACUACCGAGCAACGGGCGACGACGGCUGGAUAAGUGGGAUCGCAGAUGUACUUGGCACAUCAACCUUUAUCCAAGCCACAUGCGCUGGAAACUCGACUCAAUCGCCAUCGUCACUGUCGUCGCUGCUGGGGCCGCUAUCGCAUGCUUACACGGCCGAGGAUGUUCCGAUCUAUCCUGCCUGCACCCUGCUCUCGCCUCGCAUCCGUGGUAUCGGUAUCGGUGAUGGUGUCGGUGUUGGCGUCGGAUCCCAGUCUAUAUAUGCUCUCAGCACCAGGGCGACACUCUCCAGCGACAACGGCUCAUUCUCCUGGAUAUACAGCUUCGGUUGUUUCGAUGCCGAAUGCAGCGAAUGCCAUCUGGCUGCCCAGUUUCUGCUGCAGCCAGAUGGCUUCGGAAGCGGCCAGGCCCAAGAUGAGUGCGGUCCCGAUGCUUUUUAUCGGCCAGUCGAUGUCACAGGCCGGUCCUGGGAUCUGCAAAAGGUGCUCUCGGACAGGUUUCCCAACGGCACAUGUGUCGUUGAUUCAGCUUGCGAGACAACCUCGAGCAAUAUCAACCCAACGCCAACGGUAAUAUCCGCAUCGUGGUCGUCGAUGUUGCCCGAGCCCUCGCUCGCAUUGGCUUCGUCGACUGUUGCGCUGUCGAUUACCCCAACGGCGCUGUCUGUUACUGGUACCGAAUCCAGCCAUUACAUCCCUGCCUCAUCAGAGGCCGAAAUGUUCGUCUCGAGUUCACGUCAAACACUCGACCAACUGAGUCUGUCUCAUCCAACCGAUGCCGCUGUGGGUAUCUCCAUUCCGACCGACAACCUUCAAGCAUCUCCCAGUCCAUCGGAGGGCUUGGUAUCUACCGGGCCAUCCUCGGCUCCCCAAGAGUCGCCCAGCACUCCGCUCUUGGCCGAGACAGCCCGGACGAACAGCUCGUUGUUUGUCGAUCUGGAUGCCCAUGAAUCUGACCCUUCCAGUGUCCCCGCGCCUGGGCCGAGUGCUCUUCCCAUCGUCGGACUUGGCUCUAGCAUCGUCGUGGUAGGAGGGCUUUGCUGCAUUGCGGCCAUCUACUCGGUUCAUCGCUAUAGACAGGUCCGAUCCUCUUCGACUCGACAGCCACAUCAAGAUUCCUUCAAACCAGGCUCGCCACCCGCACAGGUCUCGAGGCAAAGCUCCCAGCGGACCUCUCAAAGACCCCCGGCAAAAACUGGGGAUCCACGGUUCUCGAUCUCGACCCUCUUUUCCAGAGGCUCGAGCGAUGGUCAUGCAUCCAGCCAGAACAGCACCGAAGGGUCAGAAAUGCAAGUCGUGGGAAGCAGCGUCGUCAAUGAUGAUGCUCACAAUUCAAACUUGGACUUGGCCCUGGACCCGGAGCUUGGCCUGGAAUGGGCACUCGAAAAUACCAAUGGCAUGGGCCAACGACGGGGGCUGCGUGACAGAGCCAUGUCCAUGUUCUCGGCCUACCGCCGGACCAACUCGGUCGACCUUGGCGAGGACUGGGAUGACACCGAUCUCAUCCCUGCUGGCAAAGGGGUUCCACAGCAUCCAACCCUCGCCAUAGAGAAGAGGGCCCAGCAGGACGACCGAGCCAGCAUCCGAUCGUUCAAGACAGUCGACUUGGCGGAUUGAAGGCAUUCCAGUACAGUCGCACUCACACCGCGAAGUAGGCAGCCCGGGGUUUGCAGCCCAUGACAGCUUUCUUUGGUCGCAAAUACAUUGGUGCUUAGCCGAUAUCUGCAGGCAGAACUCGUCGGGUGGAGGGAUUGACUCUGUUUCAUUGGCGGAUAUGCUAUCCAA